UCCAGCUAACGCAGCCCCACUGCAAAUCGUGAGGAGCAAUUACAGCAACAUCCUGGACUAUGGGCCAGAGUUCAGCUCUCCUAUGCAGAAAUCUAAAUUCCACAGUGAGAGAGUUUCCAACGACCUCUUCUGGCUGCGUAUUCUGUCUGUGAAUCACGGUGACCGUGGCAGGUACUACUGCCUGAUAGAGGAGUGGCUCUGGUCAGCAGACCAUGGCUGGUACAAACUUGGGAAGAAGGAAUCGGGAAAGACCAGGCUGGAAUUCAAGAUUUCAGAAAACAAGCUGCAUGUUGAAAAAAGAAACCACAGCAUCUCCGCCUCUGAGGAUGAGGAUGUGACCAUGAGCUGCCUGCUGCAGGGCCCCUUCCCACCAGCCUCUCUCUUCUCUGCCAUCUGGUUCCACGGUCUGGAGCACUCUGGGAUGAAAACUUUGCUGAAAGUGCACACCAGGGGCAUGGUGGAGCAUACUGAGGCAGGGAUGGUGGAGAGGCUGUCCCUGCGCCGCCCAUCCCUCGGCGACUUCAGCCUGACUCUGCGGAGCGUGGAGCUGGGUGAUGCUGGGGUGUACUACUGCCAGGUGCAGGAGUGGCAGCAGGACGGCAGCGGUGCUUGGGUGCAGCGGGCCUCAGAACUGUCGGGGUACACCUAUCUCACUGCGCUGCUGCCAGCUAUGGACCUGCAGGUGCACAUUGCAGCCUCCGCAGCUGUGCUGAAAGAGGACCAGGGGGACCUCCACUUAGACUGCAACCUCACCUUGGGAUCACCCGGCAACAGCAGCACAGCCUUCUCUGUCACCUGGUGGAGACUGACUGAGGGAGGCAAGGAAGAGUUAUUCAGUGUGAACCACAGCUCUGUGUUUCAGUACGGCUCUGCCGCCACCAGCAGCGUCAGGAACCGGCUGCGGUUCGAGAGGCCCGGGGAGUUGCAGUACAGACUGACGCUGCUCAGGCCUGAGGCGUCUGACAGUGGGGACUAUCGGUGCCAUGGAGAGAUGUGGGUGCUCAGCCCCGGGCGCGGCUGGUAUGAGAGGAGCAAAAGGGACUCAGGGAAGGUCACUGUGCAGAUUCUUCCAGCAGAGUCAACAAUUUCUUCCAGGAUCUGUUCCUCUCCAUCACUGCUCUACUUCAUCCUAGUAUACCCUCUGAUUCUAUUCCUUGGCCUGGUCAUUGCUCUCUUCCGCUUGUACAUUGUUAUCAGGCAGACCUCCAAGGACUCUGCCUAUCACAGGAAAGGGACGGAGCUGUGGCUGGAUUUGAAAGGGCCUCAAGAUGGUGAUCCCACUGAUUCUGACCAUAACAAUCGGGAGGAAGAAAUGCAUAAUCUGAAGGAGGAUAAGAUGGACUGAUUACUUGAGCAGCAUCGGGCGAUGGAACUGUGUGCUGCUCUUUACCAUCAUGUGUUCUGACCCCUUGAAAAUGUGUGCUUUCAUUCAGUCGCCUUAAGGUGGCAAAGUAAGAAAGUGAUAGGAGAAAGAUUGGAUGGCUAAGAUAAUACACAUUGGAGCUUUCUUGUCUCUCUUAUAUGGUGCUCCUCCCACAAUACUGGUUUCUGAGGCUUUUAAUUAAUAUAUACAAUUUAUACUUGUAAAACCCCUAUGAAGAAGGAAAACAGUGUUUCCAUUUUACAGAUGGAGCUUUGAGGCACUGAGACAUCAAGGCAGAUUUCAAAAGGCUUUGGACUAGGAAUGUUAAAUAUCGGUUAAUUGAAUAGUCGAUUAACCUCAUGAAUUCUUAUUGGUUAGUCGACUAUUCAAUAGUCCCUGGGGACAAGGCCGGCAGCCAGUGCACUACAUCCCCACUGCCGAGGAGCCCCCAGUCACUCCGCACUGCUGCCCUUCUAUCAGAGGCAGCAGCACAGCAUGCCAGGUGGGAACUGGUCCAUGAGGACCGGCUGCCUCAGCUCCCAUAGACCACGUGAGCUGGAACUGAGCCGGGCUCCCUGCCCACCUGACUCCUAAUACACUUUAAAUG